CUCAGCUUCCGCCGUACUCGUUCCGAUUUAUUCUUGCAGUACCACCAUUCAAAUACUGCGAUACGGUUGUUGCACUCCUUGGCUCGCGCGAGCAGUACUACAUCAGGUGCAGCGCUUCCGGUGCUGGAAAGCUCAAAGCGCGAUUUGACUCCGGGAGUCCGGUACUGUGACGUUUUGUGUGCGAACUGCUUGAAAUGUUGGUACUAUCGGAGAUGACUUUGCCUCAGGGCUCAGAUCUACGAGUAGCGACAUGCAGAGGCAAGCUCCAGAACCGUAGAUCUAUUCUGAACCAAGAGAUCAACAAAGAACUGAGACUUAGAGCGGGAGCUGAAAACUUGAUCAAGGCGACCAACAACAGGAAGCUCAGAGAGACAGUUGCAAUUGAAUUGAGUUUCGUCAAUUCCAAUUUGCAACUGUUGAAAGAGCAACUCGCCGAGCUGAAUUCAUCCGUGGAAUUGUAUCAAAGUGACAGCACGGACUCCGUGAUGCCAAUGAUCCCCCUGGGCCUGAAAGAGACCAAGGAGAUCGACUUCCAGGACCCCUUCAAAGACUUCAUCUUGGAGCACUACAGUGAAAAUUCCGAUCUCUAUCAAGAGGCCAUAAAUGAGUUCAUGUGUACCAGGCAAGCAAUGAGAACGCCUCUGAGAGAUGCAAGUGGAAUUGCAUUGCUAUUCAGGUACUACAACCAGCUGUAUUUCGUGGAGAGAAGGUUCUUCCCACCAGACAGGUCACUCGGGAUUUAUUUUGAGUGGUACGACUCGCUCACAGGUGCUCCAUCGUGUCAAAGAACGGUAGCCUUCGAAAAAGCCUGCGUUCUUUUCAACAUAGCUGCAUUGUAUACACAAAUCGGUGCCAAACAAGAUAGGUCAACAACGAAAGGAUUGGAUGCAGCAAUAGAUAGUUUUCUAAGAUCUGCAGGUACGUUCUGGUACAUCCACGAAAACUUCAUGAAUGCACCUUCAAUGGAUUUGGGACCGGAGAUGCUGGAAAUGUUCGUACAACUAAUGUUGGCACAAGCUCGCGAAUGCCUCCUUGAAAAGUUGCAGCUUCAGUCUGAAGGUAACAGAUCGCUGGACAUUUGCCUAGAUUUGGCGAAGGAGGCAGCCUACUUAUCCGAAUGCUACGGUCAGGUGAACCAGCUGAUUACCAAUGACCCUGUCAAAGAUUACGUACCGUGCAGCUGGACGUCGCUCGUGCAGGUCAAAAAGGAAUUCUACAUGGGAAAAGCUCACUACCACCUUGCUAGUGGUAUCAACAGAUCUAAGUUCUCGGUGCUCAGUAGUAAUAAGGAAAAUGUUCUGGACGCUUACAAGAAAUCAGCAGUUACGCAAGGUGAUAUAAAGUAUCCAAAAGAUCAGUCAGAACAAAAGACAUUAGGUAAAGCUCACUUACGGGAAGCGUUAGUGCUAUACGAAGAGUGUCAAAGGCUAAAAAGGAUGAGCAGGGAGCUUAAGGGAAAACAGGCAUUAGCGGCUGUUUUACGAAAUUCGUACAAAGUAACUCUACAAGAAUACAAUAGCUCUGAAGCAGAAGAUGAGUUUUAUGAUCUGGUGGAACCACCAGACAUACAAGCCGACACAAAAUUCCAACUCCAGCUUACCCCUCCGGAUUUCACACAGUAUCGCAUAACAGAUUGGUUCAGGGGACUUGGACCGAUAGCAAUAUUUUCCGCAAAGAGGCAUUGGACUGCCCCAAGAGUCGUACAGUUAAAUAAAGGGAGAGCGAAGGAGGGUUUUGGAUUUGCUGUCAGAGGAGAUGCACCUGUCAUCAUUGCGAGUGUUGAACACAACUCCCUUGCAGAAUUUGGUGGCGUUAAAGAAGGUGACUUUAUAGUUGGCAUCGGAGACAGAGAUGUCAAAUGGUCUUCCCAUGAUGAGGUAGUAAGUCUGAUAAAGGCAUCCAAAGACAAUCUGCAUCUAAAGCUGGUAACACCAAUGGAUAGGAAUUAUUUAAAGGCCGACCAUCUCCACAAGAAAAGCUCAGGCAAAACCGCAUGAAAGUGUAUCCAUACUUAAUGUAUUUACCUUCUUGAAGACAACGUAUGCUGUGAAAAUUGUUUUAGUCGUUGUUGUUUUAUCUAUUUGCAUAUAUCUUUUUUCAUUUUGAGGUACAUUUCGUAUAGGUAUACACAUCAUACUUAGUGCCGUUAUAAGAAAAUAGAUAUUUGUAAUGAUUCAGAUCAUUAUAUUCAUGUUAUGUAAGGAUCAUGAG